AUGAGUUCUUAAAAGAUUACAGACUAUAAAAUACUUUAGGUGAUAACCAAAAAAUCAAAAGUAAAUGAGAAAACAACAAAAAAAGGAAAUGAAAAUAAUGCAUCCUUUGUUCCGAUGAGAAGUGUAAAACUCAUACCACCUCAACAACCCUAAGAUAAUUAAUAAAAUGAUUUAACAAUAAUGCCUGAAGACAUUAGAGCAGGUUAUGAGGUCUUGCCUAUAAGUGUAAGUGAUGAAAGAAAACAAGCCUUGAUUGGAGAUUUCAAAUAAGAAAUUGGUUUCUCCACAUAUGACACUAAAUUGCUUAAAAGAACGAAUACGGAAAUCAAUUUCAAUGAUCUGUCCCUUUGUUUCUUACAAUCAAUUAAAUUUUUCAAAUAAGAUAAAGGUAGCAAGAAUUUAGGGAAACUCACAAACAAAUUACUUCAGGAAAAAAACAAAGGAAAUUAAAUAAACUUUUCAUAUUCUUAGAGUAGGAAUUUAAAUAUUAUGCACUAUUUAACCUAUAUAUUUCACAUUAAUAACUUUUCGAUUUUGCUUUUAAGUUCCAUUUUUUGCUUAAAUAAAAAUAGAAUUGAUAAUUUCUUUGUAUAAAUUUUGCAAUUGCUUAUUUUAACAAUAAAUUGCUUCCAUAAUUGUUCAAAAUAUAGAGAAGAUGCUUAUGAUAAAUUGUAAAUCAAUAAAUAAAAGUGCAUUCACAAUAUAAUAAUCAAUAUCUUACAAAUUAUACUCAUAGUUCUACUGACUUUAAUCCUCUAAUUUGAACUUUAUCAAGAACUCUUAAUCAUCUGCUUGAUAUUCCUUAAUAUAAUUACCAUAUAGCAAAUAAGUUAAAUUCAAUAUAUGUGGGAAUAUGAGAAUAUCAUUAAACUUGUCUUGCUGGCAUUCUAAUAGUGUCAUCUAUUUUGUUGUGCCUUCCUCAUAUUAAUAACUGAAGAUUUUACAUCCCUCAACAUUGAUGAACAAUUCCACUAAUACAUUACCACUUACUUACGGUUCUUUGGUUAUUUGGUGGGUAUUGAUCUUGCUUAUUAAAAUAAUGAAUCACGAAUUGAAUUAGUAUUAUUUAUUUUGUACACAUGGAUAAUAUUUACGAUAAUCAAAUAUCUAUUUAUAAUUCAACUUUAUUUACUAGCAUAAAUGUAGAAGACAACUUUUAAGGAUAAAAAGAAUAUGAUUGACUUUUUGGGUUUUUUAAAAUCGCUAAACAUCAAUACGUCAAAAGUGAGAAAACUGUUGAAUCAGAUUUAAUAGCAGCAUGUUUAAUAAAAGUCAAUAGCCAGGAUUAAGAACCUAAACUAUUUGAUAAAUUUUUAUGGGGUUAAAGAAUCCUUAAGACAACAAUUAAUUUAUUAAGAUAAAAUAAAGCAUUUGUAAUACUUCAACAUAUUUAAUUAAUUGUCUAGAUAGAGUUUAAGUAACUUAACCAAUGUUAUUGAAAUUUAGUACUUUCGAAAUGAGGAAGUAAUAAUCAAUCAAGAUUAAUUGGAUGAUUGUUCUAUAUAUAUCAUUAAAAAUGGAUAAGUUGAAAUCAAUUUUAGGAAUUCAUAAAAUAGCAUUGUCGGUGUUAAAAUAUUGAGUGAUCGUGAAUGUUUUGGGCAAAUUGCAUUUUUAACAGGUCUCCCUAGAUGUGCUACUGUGAGAAGUAUAGGGGAAUCUUGUAUUUUCAAGCUUAAUAGAGUGAAUUUCUUGGCCACAAUAAAUAAUAACAAUUAAGAUAAAGAAUUUAUUAACACUAUAACAAAUGAAAUUAUUUUCUCGAAUCAAUUUGAAAUUCUCGGAAUUCAGUGUUAUAAUUGUUAAUCAUAAAAUCAUUUGAUAUAGAACUGCCCAUAAUUACAUUUGGAAGUACAGAAAGAAUAAGUGAUUUUGGAUUUAUUGGCACCAGCUGAGUAAAAAAGACAUAAAUUUUAAAGGAGAGAUACUAAAAGUGGAAAUACAAAAUUUAAUGCUUUGAACACUCAAGUGAAAUGUUAAGAGUUUUAAGAAGAUUAAGGAUAUGCAUCGUCUUUGGGAGAGACAGAUCACACAAAUUAUCAAUAGAAUCAAUCUCAUUACACAAUCACAUAAUCAUCGAUUAAUUACCCAUCCAAAAUAUUAAUAAGCUAGAAAUUAUCAUAAAGGCCGUCUACACUUGAAAAUGUUUAAGGAUUAGAUGCAUAAGAAUCAUUAAAAGAACAAUAAUUUAGAGAGAUUGACCAAAUAUUUAUAAGAGCUGGGAAUCCAAAAGCCACUACUUCCACAGCUGGAUUUGGUUACAAAGAAUAAACUUCUUAGAAAAGUCCCCCCUUGGAUAAUGUGAAUAACACUAUAGAUGAGUAGCAGAUUGAGGAUUCGAGUAAUGAAAGUUCCUCAUUUUCUGAUGAUUAGGUGUCAGGCGCUUCGAGAUAGACAGGGGAUUAAAAAUUAAGGCCUAUGAAAUAAAGCAAUAAUAGAUCUGAGAAAUAUUCUCAAUACAGAAGUGGUGUAAGUAGUAUCUCAAUGAAUAAUACUCCAAAACACUCUUAGUUAUCAAUUUUGAAUACAUUUACAUUAAAAUCAGAUAUGAAUAACAAUUUUCAAUAAAGUGGAGGAACCAAUCAUGGUUCGUAGAAGAUAAUCAGUCCAUUGCAUUUGAGAGAAAAGGAUGAAAGAUAGAAUACAUUAACAAUACCAGGGGGUAACAAUAUGUUGUAAGUUCCUUCAAAAAAGAGUUUGAUAAACCCAAUAUCUUAAUUAAAUUAUGAGAUGUCUCCUUUUGUUGCUUUCCCUCAACAUCAUCCUGCAAUUUACAAUGAAUUACAAUGGAGUCCCAUAGAGAUUGACAAAUAUGAAAUAUACAAAACUUUUUAUCCAAAAUACAAUAUUGAUGUAGUUCUAGAGAGUUAUCAUAAGGAGAAUGCUUUAAAGUAGAAGUCCAAUAUUAAUGAGUUAUUUAAAUUUAAUACUUUUUGA